AUGCGGAAUCUGGUGAAUUGUGAUUUCGGUAGUUUUAUUGAGAAGUGGCGUGUACAGUCAUUGGGUAAUGGCAUAGCGUUGAGCAUCAAGGAGUUCUCAGUUACUGCCAAGGAUUUGGCGGAUGUACUGCAGUCAUUCACUAAUCGCAGAAAGUUAUUCAGAUUGUCCCUUGAUGGCAUUUACGGUCUGGAUGGUUCAGCAAGUAUCUGGACCCCACUCUUGCAAAACCUGACGGAACUUCAGGAGUUAGAAUUAAGGGAUUGCUCACUGCAAAUCGCUGACAUUGAACACCUUGCUGCAGCAUUAGGUCAAGUACCAAACUUGGCCAAUCUCAACCUUUCAAAGAAUGGUAACUUGGGUGGGAACGCCGAAACGUGGGCGGCUAGUUUGCAGUCGAUGAUUCAUUUAAAGAAGCUUGACAUGAGUAAUUGUAGCAUUAACAGUCGCGAUUUGAAAUAUAUCGCUGAAUCAGUAAGUCCCAUGCGGAAUCUGGUGGAUUGUGAUUUCAGUAGUUACCCCGAGGUGUGGCGUGUACAGUCAUUGGGUAAUGGCAUAGAGAUGAGCAUCGAGAGGUUCUCACUUACUGCCAAGGAUUUGGCGGAUGUACUGCAGUCAUUCACUAAUCGCAGAAAGUUAUUCAGAUUGUCCCUUGAUGGCAUUUACGGUCUGGAUGGUUCAGCAAGUAUCUGGACCCCACUCUUGCAAAACCUGACGGAACUUCAGGAGUUAGAAAUAAGGGAUUGCUCACUGCAAAUCGCUGACAUUGAACACAUUGCUGCAGCAUUAGGUCAAAUGCCAAACUUGGCCGAUCUUAACCUUUCACGCAAUGAGGAAUUGGGUGGUAACGCCAAGACGUGGGCGGCUAGUUUGCGGAAGAUGAUUCACCUGAACUCACUAAAUUUAUCGAAAUGUGCCAUAAAUGAACAAGAUCUUCCACAUAUAGCUUCAUCUGUUGGGGAGAUGCCAAACCUGACCGAUCUAAACCUUUCAAGAAAAUGGGGGUUGGGUGGUUCCGCAGAAAUAUGGACCCCACCCUUACAAAACAUGACAGAACUUCGGGAGCUGAAUUUAAUUCGUUGCUCACUGCAGAGCACUGACAUUGAACACAUUGCUGCAGCAGUAAGUCGAAUGCCAACCGUAGAAUCCCUCAGCCUUGUGGGAAAUGAUUCUUUGAGAGGCUUUGCACAAACAUGGGCUCGCUGCCUGAAUCAGAUGAAACAUGUAAGUAGCCUGAAAUUGGGCGGAUGUGCACUGACAAAAGAAGAUAAGAAGCAUAUAUCUGAGGCAUGGGGAAGUGGAGUUGAUUUUGAGUCUUCUGAAGAUGACUAG